CGUUUAAGGGAGGGCCAUUCACUGCUGACCGACUUCGGAGAGAGUCGCGUGUUAACGUUGUCCCUGAAGGAGCAAGACAGAAGCACAAAGUGACUGGAUCAGGAUUUAUUUUCUUUCUGCAGCCCGGCAUGGAAGUUUUACUGGACACCUGUGGACGUGGAAUAUAUCUACUGUUGAUAUACAUCUUCCUCUUGAAGGCAGCAGCUGAGUGUCCUAAACCUGGGACUAAUGGAAAUAUUGUGUUAACAAAUGAUGCACUUCUGAUGAAUGAUUUCCCAGAAGGCUCUGAGGUCACUUUAGAGUGUGCUACUGGAUAUGAGAUAGAAAGUGGCUCUGGGGUUAUAAACUGCAUUGAUGGGAAAUGGACUAAACCAGAUCUCACCUGCAGAAAGAAGGACUGUGGUCCCCCUAACCCUAAGCCAAAUAUGAGCUUUAAUACCAGCCAAGGUACCCUAUUUGGUGCUAUAGCAACAGUAAUUUGUGAUAAAGGAUACCAUCUUAGUGGAUUGGGCUACAAACAGUGCUUUGAUGGAGGAUGGGGUGGAAGAGCCAAAUGCGAAAUUGUCCUAUGUGAUAUACCUGCUCAAGUGGCCAACGGCAGAAUCGUGUGGGAUUCUAAAGAUGAUCCAAAAUAUGGAGAGGUCAUACAGUUUGUCUGUGAUGAAGGAUACACCCUUGAUGGUACAGACAGCAUUAAGUGUGGCGAAAACGGUGAAUACGAUUUUAUGCCCCCUCAGUGCGUAGUGUCCUUAUUCAUAGGUGUGACAACAGAAAGAACUACAUCACCUCCUGUGACUCCAGCAGCCGGCACUUCAUCUGGCACAACUUCAUCUGAAACAUCCACAGUUCACAGAGAUAAAACUAUCACAACCAGUGCAACACCAGCUGUCUCACCUUCAGCACGAGGUGGCGGAGACAUUUUGACAGCUGAGGAUACAGCUACUAGUGCAACCAGCGUAACACCAACAAUAUCUUCAUUUGAAGACAGACAUAAGGGGGAUGAACAUAUCAACAUGGACACUGGAAAGAUACUUGUCAUAGUAACUGGUGUACUUUGUGCAUUAGUAGCUGCAUUUGGGUUGUUUUUAUGCAGAUCUCUGAAGAAAAAAGGCUCAUAUGACACCAGAGAAGACCAGAAGCCGGAGUUAUUACCGUUCCAAAGACUUUAGAUUGCCUUCUUCGCUCAGCUCUGCAAAUGGAACUGUGCCUAUCAGCCAAAGAGCAUCUGUGACCCAGGAGGACAUGCCAGCAAACAUUGCCUCCCUGAGUUGAUGGGAAAAAGAGAGAACUCAUGUUUAAUAUUAUUGCACUUCAAAUGAAAGAUAAUCAAAUCUGCAGAGUAGUAUCAGAAUUCAAAUGGAAGUAUCACAUUCAGGUGAUCAAAAGCACUUUUUGUAGUGAUGUAUUUUUUUAUUUACAUGUAAUUAUAACACAAUGUUGUAAAUAUUUUAUACCACUGCUAUUAUGUACAUUAUUUAUGUAAAACACUAGAACAUUUCCUCCAUUUCUUAUAAAGUUUCUGUGUUAUUAAUGUGUUGUUUUGUUAGGACAGACCCAUGAAAAAAGGUCAUUCAAGAGGCAUACAAUGUGGUUAAUUCAAUUUGUGGUCUGAAAUGGCGACUGAUAAAGAUACAAUCAGCUGCA